GGAAAACAAAAACCCUCAGUUGGAACUCCUCCCCAGAACCAUAAAGGCAAACAUACAGAUGUACGCUGCGUUCAGAGUACUGCUACCGUGCUACGAGGUUAACAAUUUAAAUAUGCCAAUAUCGUGGCGCCAAAGUUCCUGUCGCAGCUAUCCGGGAACCGACCCCUAUCUAGGGUCCGAAGCACCCAAUUGACACUCCCACAUUAGCGUCGUCCGCGGCCAUGUUGUGGCUUGGGUAACUUGAACGCAAAACGAGCCUGGAUGAAUGCCGCCUGCUGAUUUGCCAGUCAUUUUGCCAUCUCAGUUCUCAUAGCCUCACGACAGCAGGCGAUUAUUGACUGGCUUGGGGACAGCCAAGUGGGCCUUUGCUGAUGUCCCCAGGCUGAGGUUCAAACAAGAAGAUAGGAGACUCUCCGCGGGGUAGGGUACGAAGGACGGAUUACUCUCUCCUGCAGGCACGGAGAAGGUUGACUAAAUACUAGUUAUCUAUAUUUACACUGUACCUAUUUUUGAUGGCAUGCUGCAGUUUGAAUAACCGCCGUAAGUUUCCUUGCUUGAAACUUGAAACAAAACAAACCGACCUCCGCCGCCGCUUUCUCCCUCAUUUUACCGAAACUGGCGCCCAAUUGCUGGAAUGUGUUUGGAGCCCGGGUUGGGAAUUUCACCGUACGAGCAUCUAUCUAGCCAUGCUCCGGUAAUUUAUUGGCUUUAGCACCGCACCACAGCUUCUCAGCCUACCAAACGUGGCCCCAACUAUUGCUCUAAACAGGGGUCAGCGCUGGACUACUCAUCAGGAUGCGGCGCUUCAUGGAUUCGGACCGUUCGCAGGAAGUACGGAGUACAGAGGUAUGAUUCUUUGCGAUGAUAGCGACGAUUAUUAUUGUCCCGCAGAAAACGACAUGCUAUAGAUUCCGGGUGGGUGAGAAACGUCCGCAUCGGCUGUGAAAUCCGUGAUCACGUCGUCAUUGAUCAGGGCCAGCCCUGGUGGGCCGCUGGUCCACUCCGCGCUCUGUAGUACGACUGCUCAGACCUUGGGUGUUUAACUAGUUCAUAGACUGGUUGGAAUUAUGACUCUAUGAGGCCAGCUCCAGCCUCCCGAUCGUCAGCUUUGUCCUCUUGUUAAGUUUUGCGAAAAUAAUAAAAGUCUACUUCGUUGGCCAGUGACGAUACCUAUCCAUCAGCAGUGGCACCAAAGCCACACCUAAAAUGCUGGUCUAUUUCUCAUCAUAUUUGGGCCAAUACCGAGUUUCCACAUUUUCAUAUAUGGCUGUGCUCUUUUCGUUUCAACAGACGCCUGUCCCUGGGGAGCGUUUGUUUCUUUCAAAAUAUAAGCUCAUCUCCUGGCAUGUCCAAGAGUAUCUUUUGAACUAACUUGAGUAUUCCAUCCCAUUUGCUCCCUCAGCAAGCGCCAGGAAUUCCCUUGCAUAAUUAAAUCCCCAUUCAAAUCUGGAGCGCUUCCGCCAUCGCCCGGCCCGAUCAUUGGAUCCCCUCGAACCUUGACCACCGGCCUUGCUUGCGUGCCAGAAUUUCAUCCAGAGGCACGUCGUUACCGGGUUGAAACCAGAUACCCAAAAUAGAAUCGGUGCUGGCGCGACUCGAGGGCUCGUGAAUUGGCGUGGGCUGCGUCUUGGCCGGUUUAAAUAUAUUCGAGGCAUUUGUAUAUAUAAGAUAGUAUAUCUGCUAGGAUGUAUAAAUGUUGAUAUCCAACCGACCGGGCCCUUCGUUUUUUCGUCUAGAUCGAUCUUGGGGUUUCGUUAGGGGAAGGAGAACUGUUUUUCUUUUUCUUUCGGGAGCUUUGGCUGGCUGGAUCCAGAUUACACUCCUUCAGCGCUCAAUUCGUUCUCGGGCAAUUCCAAUCGCUUCUCUAUGUACACUCCUUUUGCAUAGCUCGACGCAAACAUGAACAGCUCAUGCACGACUUUGAUGACAUUUCUUGUCCGCACUCCCCCAAAUACUAGAUCUGUCAAGCUGUUUGGAUCAUGGGACAAUUUCACGAGGGCAUAUCCGAUGGAGAAAGACAGUCGGAUGGGCAGGGGCCAUUGGAAAGGAUGCCAUACCUUUACCAAUAUCAUAUGUGAUGGCGAAACCACACCAUCGGCUCCAGGAAGGGAUGGCGGUCUGAGGAUGGGUGGUACAUAUUGGUAUUAUUACCAACUUGACAAUGAAGUUGAUUUCUUCAAUGAGGCCGAGCCAGUGACUACUUCGUGUGCGCUUUUGCCAGGUCAACCUCUGAACGUUCUCAAUGUUCCUAUCCAUUUGCCAUCGUCACAAACACAUCCUGGACGCGGUACCAGGCCCGGCUCCCGAAUAUCCAACCAUGAAACUAUGGAUCCUGCCGACAAAUAUAUGAACCCGAGAGCUCCACCUAGGCCCGCUUUACCUCGUCUCACUACAUCGCCAGCAAAGCUCAUGCGUACAGGCUACGGUUUAACAUCCCCCCUUUCUUCCGGAUCCUCCCUACCCCCCGUUAACGAAAGAAGAUUUUCCCAUCCUCGCGCCCUAUCAACACGACGAAGAAUCCGUGUUGGAGGCAAAUUAUCUCUAGACCUAAAAAUCUCAAUUAACCAUUCCCCCAAGGCUAAUUCUCUGCGAUCCGCCAUCCUGAACUUUACCUCUCCGCGGUUCGGUGAGAACGAGGAGAGCAGAGGCCGCCGUCACCAUAAAAUAGAGAAAAGUCAUAUCAUAAGAGUACCCGAACCAGAAUCGUACUCAAUCACGCACUGCAAUAACCUAUCUCCCACGUGGAGUAUUGCGGACAGUCUCAACAAACCUUUGCCCCUCCCCCAAAAUUCUUAUGUUGCCGAUGGAUAUGAGCCCUGCGAGUAUUCCAGUCGGAAUCAAUUCCUUGGAGAAAGCCGGAGGCCAUCACCUUUGAAAAACACAUGGGCCGUUGAGGAUCCAUUGGCUCAUAGACUUGACUCUGGAGCGACCGAACGAACCCGCUACCUUGACAUCGAUCCGUAUCAAGAGUCGGUGGCUCAACAAAGUACGCCCAGGGUUAUUGUUCCACAUCAAUCGGGAGGUGACAUGCUUGGUCCAGAAACGUCAUCUCCGCUGGGCCUGAAUGGGAAACGUUUGCCAAGCCUCCCGCACAGCCCGACUUCCGCCAUCGACGCGGAAUUUCACUCAGCAGAAACGGCGCAUCUUUCCCUUGGCGACGAAGAAUACCUCCAGAGCCACUUCUCCGACUUCACUGCUGAUUCUCCCGAUAACUCGUACUCUCCGGACUCUUUCCUCCAGCCCGGUGGCAGUCGCUUCUCAGAAUACAGUACAGAUACAGAUAACGCUUCACCCUGCUCUAUGACAUCUGCAUCGACAUUUAAUAACGACAAUACAUUCUCCUCUACCGCCUACGAAGACAAUGAGGUGGCAUUCGAAGCCGCACUGACCGAUCCAUCUGCUCCCCCCUCAUCCCUCUCUGAUAUCGCUUCGAAUACAUCCCCGCAGCCCAACGUAUAUAUAAACAGCGCGCACCAGCAUCGCGAGUCUAAAUCUUCCGGGUCUUGCUCUGGAGACCUUGGCCUAUCCGCCCUUUACAUCUCCAAUUCUCCCGGCAAUGAAGUCGAACGAUGGAGCCCCAAAGCCGAUAAAACCACCAACCACGGCCGGAAAGCUAGUGAUGCACACCCCGCAACCCCUUCCUGGACGAGCUUAAUAUUAAAACAUAGCAAUUUUACACCCAAGACCAAUUCAUUCGUUAUGGACGAUAACCCCGAGCUCCGCACUCCCCGCGCAAACCCUGCAAAUCGCCGUGGCCAGCUGAACAACAAGGACAGUGAGCAAAUCUCGAGUCGUGGCGGCGACGAACAGCGGCGGCCAAAAAACUGCUCUGUCAAGUCGUCUACGAUGCAGGAUUUAAUGGAUGAGUUGAGUUACUUGGGCGGUGUGAUCGAGGACAACGCGGUGAAGAGUUGUUAAAUAAUAGUGCAACAUUUCCCCAGAAGAUAUAACUCUUAGCGCUUAUUCAUUUUUCCUUUUUUAAUUUUUUAUCAAUAUAUCGUUCGCAUCAUGCGAUCAUACAUGGACUCCCAUCUCUUCGCGAAUAAGGAGUCACCGGAAGGCGUCACCAUACAUCUGUUGGCAUGUCUUCUGUAUUUCUUGCCUUCUUUUCCGUAUCGUCAUUAUAGACCAUAUCUCAUUUUAGCUUGCUUGGAUUUUCUAUCUAGUCCUAAUCGGUUAUGUUGUUAGGAAGGAGUUUGGGCGUUCUCUCCGGUUAUACAGGGAUGAAGUAACUUAAGGCAACAUUACAUCGAUUUGCGAUUCGCAUAAUGGCUACCCUAUAUAUACAUGUUAUAGGGGAUUGGAAACAUUGUUAAUAUAAGAAUAAUAUCAAUAAUAGAGGCUUUUAUGAUCUGUGGGUUGGAAUUCUUUCAACCCUCUGUACAUUACAUCUCUGCUUCCUAGAUAUAUUUGCUCUUUGUGCUCCUCAUUUAAAAUGGCGUAGAAUAGGCUAUAGCUAAUUAACUUUUAAGCUCUUGAUGGAGAAAUAAUGGAGCAGUUUGAAAGUGGAAUUAAAAAUAUACAAUACCGUUAC